GGGUCGCUGCCGCUGCUCCUCUCUCUGUUCUGUACCUUUGAAGUUUAUGGCGCUUGGCACUCGCCGAUUCACCUCCCUGUCACACAGCGCUUCUCACCAGUGCAGGGUCAUUCGCACUUGCCAGGAUACUUUUAAAACUUCGACUCUGAGUUUUUUCGGUGUUUAUCAUUGCUGAAGGAAGUUGUUCUACAGUCUUACGUAAGGAUGAAGUUCGUACGCACAGCUAAAGGAAUUACAGAAGUCGUUCAAUCACUAUGUAAAAAUUUCAGAGUGUCGUUUCAGGAACCUGCGCCUUCUUGGCAGAGCUUCGGGAGGAGAGGGAGAGAGGUUUCGGUGUAUUUACACCGGAGAUGGUAGGACGAUGUUUUGCAUAACUUAGUCACAAAAAGUUUUUAAAACACGAAAUAAACCCUAUUUGAAGGAGAUGUUCAGGUUUUGUCGACAGACCCUAUAGAGGAUCUUGAACAUGUUCUUCCUUUCAGAUUUUACCGAUCUUGGUUUACCGCAUCCAAGACCGCUUUCAGUUCGUUGCAUCUGUCAACUAGAUCAAGAAGGGCAGCACUGCGACUGCGCGAUGCUGCCGUGUCUCUCCUGGCAAACAGACGCCUAAGGAACUGUCGAUACUCCUUGUGUUCUGCUUCGAAGAACAUAAGAAUGCAUUCAGAGAAUCGAGUCGGCGACGCGUGCAUGUCGCGGGAUAUCGAAGUCGAAGGCUUUUUCCAAACGCAGCCUAGCAGUCGGGGGCAGUGUACAGCCUCAAGACGUUUUCUGUCGCGGUCUCUGCGCAGGGGGGUUGACAGACGCCACCGCUCUUCAGUUGCUUAGUCGAAUGGCUUUCUAGAGCAGCUGUUAUCCAACGGCGUCUUGCAAGUGUGGAUGUGUUUCAAAACUCCUUAAGACCUGGAGCGCGAUUUCUCCAUGUCCAGAACAGCGGUAAAGCGAGCGUGAAGACCAAAGAGAGGCGACGCUGAGGUGGAAUGUCACCGGGGCUCCGCCGUUUCAAAGCUUCCUCUCCGCUCAUUCCUUUCUUUGUGUAAUCUGGAGUUCUUUCCAGUGCGAAGUUCUCCAACUCUCCCAGUUUCUCCCUUUCUGUGUCUUUGUUUCAUCCCUUUCUGUAUCCCUGUUCUCGCACCUUCCCUCCUGAGCGUUCUUUUCCUCCCUUUGCAUCUUCACUCGCGCAUCGCGUUUCUCUUCUACGUAGCCUUUCUUUUCUGAGUCGCCUUUUCUCUCUUGGAAACAGCCUCAACACGAGAGGCGGUGGAAAAAGUGAACGCAGCCAAUCUCCCAUGUAAGAAGUGUAAGGUGUCUGUUGUAGUGGAAGAGCACUCUCUGGAAGAGCGAAGGAUUUCCUCUGGGGAGAAGUCUCGAGUGCUCCACUUUUCUUGCGGUUUGUCUCUCUGCACCUUCCUCGCUUUCCAGAAGGCAAAAUGUCUGGAUCAAAGUUCGGUUGCUUGUGCAGAGCAACGUUACGAAGAUCACUACGGUCGAAAGGGAGCGACUUGGACGCCGCGUGUUCGAAGGAGGAAGAUCUUCUCUGUUUGCGAAGGCGGCUCCAUGGAACAGAGCAAGCGGGUGGAAAUGUCGAACACUAUCCUUUUGUCCGAGAAAUCGGCCUCCAGGAUCCCUGGACUUCCAGGCUUUCCUCUCGGGGACUGAGCGCACUCGACUUGAAAUUCUGGCUGGCAGUGUGUCACAACAGACAUCCGAACGACAGCUCGGCUCACCCAGCGAGAAACGGGCAGGAGAGACAGCGAAGAAAAAGCCAACUUUCCGCAGUGUGUCAGGGCGGAAGGAUUCAACGGUUGCUACAGACAAAAAUACGCAUGCUAAAGGCGUCAAGGCUUUCUGGCUUGAACUCUCCCCGUCGCACGCGGCUGCUGAGGCGCCGCUGCCGCAAAAAUUGAGGCGCGGGAAACGCAGCAAGCAAGCGAGGCUUGACUCACUGGCUCAUGCCGCCGCACAGAAAAAGUUUUUUGACGGUGCAAAGCAGGGCCGGUUUCUUCUUUUUCCCUAUGUUUCAUGAAGAAGCGCAAUUCUCUGCGUCUUCGCGAAAUCGUGUGUGUGCGGGUGUCCUGUCGUGUGUGCAUUAUACGCAGCGUCGACCGCGCAGGCGGACCAGCCACAGCGGACGCCGUCGUCCGGAACUCUGCUUGAACUUUUUUUCCUUUGAAUGGCAACUCUCCAGCCUGUCAAUUGAAGGCGGUUUGGCACGCAUAAAGAACGCAACUCUUGACUGGGUUUGCCCAGAAGAAGCCUGCUGCCAAUGCCGUGCAUCGACACCUCAAUCCCUCGGAUCGCUCGACGUCUGUCGUGCGUUCGCGCGCAGUCACUUCCCGCGGUACCGCCGCGUUUUCUCUGUUCCUUCCUUCUCACUUCUGUCGUCCUCUCACCCCCUUUGGCGAGUACAUUUCUUCCGUUUCGCAAGGAUCUUUCUUGAAAAACUGCGCGGAACACUUGCCGCGGACGCCCAGCAGUCGCGCGGAUGUAUCUGCAAGCCGCCAACUCCACGCAGCGCUGAAAGCAGCUUCUGUCCCAAUAGCUUGCCGCCUGCCUUGCCCGAAAGUUCGUCGGGGAAAUUCGUCUACUCGACACUCACUGGCGUCCGGUACCGGUCGGCUCGCCAGAUUCGCGCGGUCCGCCCCGUUUGUCUCGCGCAGCAGCAGCCGUCCGCAGUUGAGUGUCAACAACGGCCUUGGAGGCCAAAACCACGGCGAGGAGAGAAAGGCCACUUUAAAAAGGAGGUCGUCAGGACACAAGAAACGGGCAAACCAGGACACUUGCGUGCGUGCGCAAGUCGACGGGGAACGAGGCAAGCUUACCUCAGGUGUAUGUACACCUGAAGGCGAUAUCUCCGGUGAAUGUCCACAUGCCGUCGCAGUGGUGCCUCUCGCCGCAGAGUCAACUCGCCACGAGGGUGCUGUCUGGACACCCGACACCAGGCUUCGUUAGGCGAGGCGACAGAGCAGCGGCGUUGAAGAGAUCUCUUCGGCAAUGCCUCGAAGCUUGACGUGCAUGUACACUCGGUUCAGCUGCGGUUGAAAGCCGAAAUUUUUUGUUGUCGUCUCCUCUGACGCCGGAGACCUCGACGAGGUAUCGUCUCUUUCGCGGGGUCUGGCUCUUGCAGAGAGCCUUGGCUGAACUUUUUCCGUAGCACAAACGCUGCACUUCUGUGCAAAAUGACGAUACAACGCGACGACCGGCUUUUCUGCUCCGUCAGAUUCAACUGCCACUGCAGUCAAACCCAGUUCGGGGACCAGGUGUGCCUGCUCGGGAGCACGGCGUCGCUGGGGAACUGGUCGUUCUCUCAUCGCCUCACACUGACGACUUCUCCGGAGUUGUUUCCUCUCUGGCGGACCGAACGGCCGAUCCUGCUGCCUGCGAAUUCGGAGGUGCGUUACAAGUUCCUGAUUUGCCGCGAGGACGCGCCCCUCUGUCUCGCGUGUCGCUACGGCGCGGCCGCCUCCCGCAGUCUCAGGGCGCCGGACCCCACAGACCGUGCUGCCGGGUCCUUAGCUCCGCUGCGGCCGACGCGUCGACUUUUCGGUCACGCCGAAGGAUCAUUUAGAGAGGUCGAGGACGGAAGCAGCGCGCUCGAGGAGCUCGCACACGAAGUGAGCAGUGCGAGACAGGAGACACGCGCGCCCGCGACGGCGCGGAAAGGAGACACCUGUCUCCAAAAGGGCGCCUUCGGCCUCCUCCUCACCGCCGAAGACCUCGCGAAGAGUCAAAUGUGCUGCGGCGCUGUGAUGAAAGGCGAGUGGGAAGCCGCAAAAAAAUGGGAGAACAUCAAAGGCGUCCAGGGCGACCGUGUCCUCCACGUCGCCAACGACGCCGUCGAAGUCUUCGACACUUUCGGCGCCGAGCCCGCGGUGCCUUCCGCGCGCCAGGCACAGGCCCCGCUGCAAGUCACUCCAACUGAAUCUGCGCAGCUUCUCUCGGGGCCUUUCAUUGUAGGCUCUCGAGAGGGCGAAUGGCACUUCUCCUCCGGCAACGUUCUCUUUGCAUGCGACAGUGCAGAAGCCGCUGAGAGAAGAAGUCUGCAGAGGCGCCAAGCGUCUCUCACGCAUGACAUCGGGGAUCUCUACGGGCCUUCUGCUGCGAGACCAAGAGGCACCGUCUGUCUCUCCCACCGAGACUACUCUUCCCUCCGUCAGAAAGACUGUGUUCUUCUCUCUCAUCGAGACUCCUCCUCGUUUCUUCCCCAGAAGGAAUGUUCUCUUCUCUACCGGAAGGCAAACGUUUUUCGCAAGCAAACAGACGGUUGCUUUCCGCAUCUAGAGACUUCUUUCCGCCCUCUGGCUUCCCCGGCGCCGGCCCAGCGCACGAGUCUUCGGCCUCACCAGGUGCCGCCCCUCCAGCUCGCGGGUCUUUCGUCUCCUCGGUCCCCAUCUUCUCACGAGCCUCCCUACUGCAGCCCGUGUUCGUUCUCGUCGUCUUCUUCAAGAUCCUCGUGUUCUUCUUUGGCUCUCCAGGGGGAUCCGUCCACUCCGGCUCUCGCCCCUGUCUCAAUCAGUCGCAGGCGCAACAGUGUGUCUAGCUGGAACGGUGGGCCUCCUGUUUCUGCGCGGUCGCCUGCUCUGCAUCCCUGGAUUUCCUGUGGAGUGUCUCCCAGGAAGGUUCCCCUCUCGCCUCUCGCUUCAGACUCCUUUCGCUCCGCCCUCGACUCCAUGGCCGCCUACUACCCCGCCCACGGGCUCGGCGACCUCGCUCCGACCGCGUUGGGCUCCAGUCCCCGCCGCGGCGCGCCCGCGGAGACAGCCAGCGGGGCGCAUGUGACCGCCGGCCCCGCCAUGUGCGCCGAGGCUGCGCAGACGGAGGCGCCUUGUCGUCUUGGACUCAGUGGGGCACAGAGAGGUCGGGGAAAGGCGAUAGAAUGGAGAGAGACCGAGAGAGACGGAGAGAGAGGAGACAGGAGACUCAGAGGAGAAUCCGCGCAUGCAGGGGCGACAUCGGCGAGGGCCUUCGGCGGGGGGCGGCUUGAAUCUGAAAGGUCGUGGCAAGGCAACCGGAGGAACAGCGUUGCAUGCGCGUUUCAUCUGCAGAAAGGAGAAGGCGUAGGGCCUCGCGUAGGGGCAAGCCUUGCGAGAGAAAGAGAAGCAGAGGUCCGAGGAGAAGAUCUUGAAUGCGAAGAUACAGAGCGACACUCUGUCGAAAAGGUUGGAGUCUCGUCGGAGGACUCCGCGGAGUUUCUUCUUCGGCUGCUGGGCGAGAGGAAUUUGCCGCUUCCUACAGUUCUCUCUCUGGCGCUCGCCUCUCUGUCUGCCCCCGCGGUCGCUGCAGGACGUCCUCCUCCCCCGCCUUCUUCCUUCCUGGAAAACGCAGAAACCUCUGAAGCCUCUGCGCGAGCCUGCGCAUCUCGAGGCUCUUGUUUUCCUUGCAAAGGAACGCCAGAGACACUCCAGGCGGCCGGUCGUUCGGCGUCUCAGCGUCUCGGCCCGCGGGCCUGUGCGUGGAACGAGAGCAGAGCAUUGAGGGGGUCGUCAGCAGAAGCAGAAAUCUCAACCGACGAACAGAGCGCGAGAGGAGACAAGAGUGCGCGCGGAAGCGGAGACCAGCGAGGAGUCGCGUCGCUGCCUAGAAAGACAGACUUGCCCCGCGACGACGGGAUACUUCUCACCGAAGCUGCACUCGCGCGCCUGGAAGAACGAAUCGUCCAGACUGUGCAAGCAGCUGUAUGUACACCGCGAGUGACCUCAGUCAGGGAGGCGGGAGAAGCGCCCUUGCAGGGAAGCGGGAACUGCGAGGCGCACGAAGGAGAGUGGAAGGAGAGGCAGGCGACACACGCCUUCCGACGCGAAGAGAGAGAAGCUUUCCCAACUUCUUCGGCCUCUCUCUCGAGUGUACAGGGAGCUCUGGAAGGACGACGAGACGCGCAGGAAGACACAGACUGCUUCUUGGAAGAGGUCGAAGCGGAAAAGAGGCGCCAAAUGGGAACAACAGCAUCGCCCGCAGACACGAAGCCUGGACGAGCGAGAACUCUUUUCGCUGCUUGCACCACGGCACCCAGAAGUGGAGGCCGAAGCGCGGGGAAGGAGACACCUGACGAGAAACCGAGGACCCUUCAAACGCGAGAGAGCGGUCGACGCAAAGAAUCCCUCGGUUUCGAGGCGGAAAGGAGACACGUGAGCUUUGUCCGAAGAGGAGAAACGCAGUCAAAGCGCAAGACCCACCGGGUGUACGUACCCCUCAAAAGCGCCGUGCGUCACUCCGCCGUGAAGCCCUGCGAGCGAGAUGCUGCUGACCUCCGGCGGCGCAGUUGCAGUGAAGUUUUCGGACUUCGUGGAAGUCACCCAAAUUGUGUCGAGAAGCAAGAGAGCGAAGGAGGAGAGGAGAAGGAAGAAGAUGACCGAAGAGAUGCCGAGAACGAUGGGGACGAUGAACGAGAAACAGAAAGCAGAGACACAUCCUGUCUCUCGCCGCACGCAUCCUCACUGUCUUCGGACUCCUCUUUCGACACUGUUGAGCAGAGUUGGUUGCGAGCUUCACAUGAGCGAACUGGCGGUUCUCUCUCUCCUUUGUUCUCUGCCAGAGAUGCAGGGGAACAGGGAAGCAGCGACCGAGAAGAGAAAACGGAAGAGGACCGGGGGAAACAGGAAGACGAGAAGGAACAACAUAAUGGAGUCGAAGAGGAAGAAGAGAAUAAAGAAGGGCAAGUGAAAAGGGAUGAGGGAAGUGAGGAGCACCUUUUGAAGGAGCAGCUGUCGUCGUUGAACGACCAGGUGACUUGUUUGUCAUGUGCGUUGUUUGAGAUUCGGAGAGAGCAAGCGUUCUCUCGGCAAUUGCUGGCCUCUCUUUGCGGAUGCGUGGAGCGGGCGCUGGAAAAGAGACAGGAGACAGGAAACGGGACCUCCUGUGUCUCGGCGCCCAGGCCCACACCUCGAGUGCGUCAGCGUCGUCUGGAGGUCUCUGCGCCUCCGACAAAGACGUCCAGUGAAGGGGAACGUUCAGUGAGGAAGCAAAGAGCGAGCAGCGCGAAUCCAGCAAUGUCGAUCUCCACCAGCGCUCUCAGACACGCGGGAGCCCGAGAAGAUGAAGAAAAAGCAAAGGGGGAGGAAGACCAAGAAGGAGAGGAAGACAAAGAGGUCGCUUCUGAUGGGGCUGUCACGGAUUUUGAGCUGCAAAGAGAAGCAUUAGAGCUGGCAGAAGAAAGUGGAGUGCAGGUGUAUGCUCUGGAUGGCCGCUCUUCGCGAUGUUCGAGCGAUGAAGAACUUGACAGCUAGGAACAAGACGACGAAGGGCGUUCGCAAGCCGGAAAACCAAAGGCGCAAAAAAACGCUACAGAGCGGAAGCAGGAGAAAGCAAGGUGAAGCACAAGAGCAAAGACACAGGAAACUCGAGAAUUUUUGCGCUGUCUGUGGUGGUUGAGAAGUCGACUGUCCUCCCAUCACCAAAGAGAACCACUGGCAGUGUCUGUACACCGGCUCAUCUUCGGCCUCGGCCGCCAUUCAUUUUUCGGGUGUAUGUACACCCGAGCAUGUGCAGUGAGGACCUUCGCUACCGACCUCGAGCAUGAACGUUUCUUGACUUUGUUGACUCGUUUUUGCGAGUUCUUUCUAGAAACCAGAGCACC